CCGAGCUACGCCUAGUAGCACCGAGCACCAAUGCCCAGCCACGCGCGCGCCCAAGCCAUGCCACUGCCAUGCCAGACAUGCAGUAGCCCGAAACCACCGCCACUUAGUCAUUCGUCCAUCGUAACGUCUACCAUUAAUGGAGCUUCAUGGCAUGUGUUUCUCUGGAUUUAUGGUGCAGCUAUAGCCACGGGACCGCGUGAAGUCUGCAGCCCCGACUCCUCUGCUUCCCCUCUUCUCUCCUAUAAAAGCGACCCAUUUUGCCCCGCCACCAGAUCCCCACCGUUGCGUUGCAGUCGACCCCGUCGUAUAACACCGAUCGGAGCUGCCGACGCCCUUUGCCACCGGCGAGGACGCCUCGAAGCCGACGCAGUGCUUCCGUCAACCUUCCUCCGUGCCGUCCUCUGUUCAUCGCCACCGUUCGAGAGCUCCAAAGCUGAUUGUGUGGUAGAGGAUCUGAAUUUGUUUGAGGACGACCCACAGGACAUGCUUGAGCAAGAGGGUGAUGCUGGAGACUUUGAUGGAGAUUUCGACGAUGAGUUCUAAGUCUAACGAUGCGCCGGUCUAACAUGGGAGAUUGCCCAUGUUAUUUAAUUCCGCCUUACUUUGAUGUGAUACUUGUUAAAGAUACAAUGAUUCAGAUGAUGUAAUAAAGUAUUCUACUCUCUUUACGCCUUUA